AUGACCAGCCUUUUUGGUCCAUUGCUAUGCGUGGCAACUCUCUUCGCAGCUUGGCAGUGGUCCCCUGCCUAUGCCAAGCGCAUUGACGCCGUGUCCUUCGGGAAACCUUUCGAUACCAUCAACGGCGAAGGUCAUCGCCAGAUUGGGGACGAGUUCGUGUACGGCGGCGACGUGGCUGUGAACCGCCACUUUGCACGGCUCACACCGGACCGUCAACAGAAGCGCGGCCACAUUUGGGGGAAGCAGAAGCUCGGCGUCAAGGAGUUUGCGGCUGUGCUGACGUUCCGGAUCAGUGGCCAGGCCAAAGCUUGGUUCGGCGACGGUCUCGCGCUCUGGGUGACGACCUCGAGCGAGUAUGUACAGGGGGACAACCACGGUUUCAUUGGCGAGUUCAAGGGCAUUGGUGUCGUCUUUGACACGUUUGUCAACCAAGAACACAGUGGUGGCCACAAGGACGUGGCGUUCUAUGAGAACGACGGCACGAAGACGCUGGACGAGCUCAAUGAGGCUGACAAGGUCGGCUGCAUGGCCCCUGGAAUCCGGUACCAUGAGAAGAAUGCGGCGUUUAGCCCGUCGCUCAACAUGUCGCGUGCUAAGAUCAUGUACACACAGGCGGAUCAGCAGGUGGCGAUCCUCAUUGAUGCCGACGCCUCGGGCACUUGGGUCAAGUGCUACAGUCAACGUCUUAACAUUGGGGAUGACUGGAUGCACGACGCCUACAUUGGCAUCUCGGCGUCGACUGGCGGUCUGGCAGACAACCACGACGUCAUUGCCUUGAAUGUCUACGAUGACGUGAUUGACUCGCUAGUUGCCGAGGAAGACGAGAAGCAUCGCAGCGCUGCAGACAAGAGUCUCGAAGCUACAUUGGUCAGCGGGGAUAUUGACGGCAAGGUGAAGUUGAUCAAGCGCAAGUACACCCAGUUGCUGGAAGAGUUCGAGUACCAGUUUACUGCACUGAAGGAGUCGACUGAAAACACGAUCCAGAAACUAAAAGAACAAGAAGCGGAAGAUGAGAAGCAAAUUGCGGAGCUUGAGGCCUGGACAAAUGGAAAAGUCAUCGAGCGUGUGGACAGCACGGUGGCUUCGGUUCGCGGCCAAGUGGUCACGCAGCUGGAAGAAACUGUGAAGGAAACGGCUGCCAAGUCUGGGGGUUGGAAGACGCCGUUUUUCGUCGUCGUUAUCAUCAUGGCCGGUGUUGUGGCUGUUGGAUAUAAGAAGUACCAGGAUCUCCGCAAGACCCACUUCCUGUAG